AUGAUAAAUAAAGACGGCUCGCGUGUUCCCGUUUAUAAGGUCCCAUUCGAGGACGUGGCAGUCACAUUGCUGCUGAUGCGCAUCCGGUCAAUCAUCAUUCCCAUCGCAACGAUCUUGGUCCCAGAUGCGAUUGACGUGCCCCGAAAUAUAUGCAGCGAAGGAGGCGUCGUGAUUCUCGCCGAAAAGCGAGACGCGUACGGGCGAAGUUUCAACUGUGGAGACCACUACUUCUGCGACCCCGGAACGACUAUGGCCUGUUUAGGCCUCCUCUACUACAUGGUGCUGUGCCGGUGCAAUCGGCACAGCAAACGUCACGAGCCCCAUAUUGAGCGACAGAUUUUGAUCCUGGGUAACCUCUCCAGUGCAUGCGAUGCAGAGUCGUGGUCUUACACACAGUGGAGACAGGUCGCCGCCGCCUCAACUCCGAUCUUACAAGCUCUCACACUAAAGCAUCCAUGCCCGGUCAAGUGCCAGAUCGCCAUCGCAGAACCAAUCGAAUCGACAAAGGAAACGGUCUCCGAAGUGAUUCGUAAUACUCGGGCUAAUAUGGCCGCGAGCGUCCCGCGCGACAACGCUCGUUCGAACGUAGCUCGCAGCCGUGAUAGCCGACCGAUACAACGCGCUAUUUUAUUCGCGGACACGCUCAUUAUGCGCCGU